AUGUUUCUCCAGUAUUACCUCAACGAACAGGGAGAUUGCGUCUAUACGUUAAAGAAAUUUGACCCGAAGGGACAACAGACUUGCUCUGUCCAUCUUGCUCGCUUUUCCCCUGACGACAAAUACUCAAGACACCGAAUCACCAUCAAGAAACGCUUCAAGGUGCUCAUGACCCAGCAACCGCGUCCUGUUCUCUGA